AUGGGCAUGCUCACUAGGGACAUUAUCGCUUAUGCUGGAGAAACUGCUAAGAUUCUGGUUCCAUACAGCGCCUCUCCAAUGCCAAAGAUUAAAUGGGCAAAGGGAGAACUGACGCUGGAUGAGCGUGAUAAGAGGAACAAAGUUGAAAGCAACGACUAUUUGACGACCAUGACGAUAGACUCGUGCGAGAUCAGUGAUAGCGGGCUCUACACAAUUUCGCUGGAAAACUCUGUGGGCAAAGACAGUGCCACCGUGAAACUUCGAGUAGUAGAUCGCCCAGGCCCACCUGUUGGACCAUUGGAGAUUACCGACAUUGCUCCCGAUUGUUGCACUCUUUCAUGGAACCCACCGAAGACAGAUGGUGGAUCUCCAAUCACAAAUUACAUUUUGGAAAAACUCUGCCUCAAAGGUGUUGAGCCUCAGUGGGAGAAGGUUUCCUCUUUCGUAAGGAACACAACUUACACAGUACCUCGACUUCUCGAAGGGGAGAUGUACAAGUUCCGCGUUCGUGCUGAAAAUCAGUACGGUAUUUCCGAACCUCUUGAAAAUCCAGAGCCAAUCACUGCCAAGUAUCAAUUCAAUGUUCCUAAUCAACCUGAUCCUCCCGUUGUUCGCGGCAUGGAUGCCACGUGGGCUGAGGUUGAAUGGGAUCCACCAGCAAAUGGAGGGUCAAAGAUUAUCGGAUAUCAACUGCAGUACCGUGACGCAUUGUCAGGUAAAUGGAUUAAUGCCAGUAAUGACCUCAUCACAGGAACGUCAUUCCGCGUGAACAACCUGCGCGAAAAUGGCGAGUACGAAUUUAGAGUGAGCGCAAAGAACGCAGCUGGCUUCUCAAAACCAUCAGCACCUUCGGAACGUGCAAAACUGAAGCCCAAAUUUGGACCUCCUGGUCCACCUAGUCAGGUGAACGCCACCUCCAUCGGUCGCAAUCACGUAACCCUCACCUGGGUACCCCCGAUUGAUGAUGGCGGUUCGCCAAUCACCGGCUACAUUGUGGAACAACGAGAGUAUGGAAGCAGCACAUGGGUAAAGGUUAGCGACUACAAUAUUCGCGAUCCCGAGUUCACCGUGCCUGGCUUGAAAGAGUUCCAUGACUACGAAUUCCGAAUUAUCGCUAUCAAUAAAAUGGGCAAAGGAGUGCCGUCGCUACCCACAUCCCCAAUCAAGAUCCAGGAUUUGAAUGGUUCUCGACCGAUGAUUGUUGUAAAACCUGAAGACACCGCUCAACCGUACAACAGACGGGCUGUGUUCGUUUGUGAGGCAGUUGGCCGCCCUGAACCCAUUUGCAGGUGGAUGAGGAACGGGCGUGAACUACCUGAAAGCACCCGAUACCGUUUCGAAGCACAUGAGGGAAGCUUCAGAUUCACAAUCAAGGAAGUAUGGGAUAUCGACGCGGGAGAAUACACCUGCGAAGUAUCGAACGUCUACGGCAGUGACACAGCCACUGCAAAACUCAUUGUACAAGCUCCACCUGUCAUUGAAAAAGACGUGCCAAACACUAUUCUACCUAUGGGAGAGAUGGUUCGACUGAAAAUCUACUUCUCCGGAACUCCUCCAUUUACACACACCCUAACCUUAAAUAAGGAAGAAAUCGACUACGAGCAUCCAACAAUCCGCACU